CUUCAUUCAUUCACUGACAUCUUACGUUUCAGAUACUUGGUUUCGAAAAAAGUACCCACAAAAAUUAAUGUUUCCAAUCGGCAUGAGUACCAGAGGGACUUAUCAAGGACGUCCGCUGUCCUCCCAAAGCACCGACUUUCUGUUUUACCUGCCAGGGGCUCUGCGUCCCGUGCUGUUCCUGUUCUACACCCUGGAAACAGUGUUCAACAUGUUUUGCAUGGGCUACCACAUCUCGGGCUUCCAGGCCGUCAACCUACUUGACCUUGGCCCGGAUGGACAGACUAUCCACUACUUGUACCUGGUCGUCUUCUACGGCUUUAUGGUGCUGACUCCUUUCCAGAGCGUCGCGAUCUGCACGGGUCACACGCCCAAUGUUGUGUUGGAGAUCUACAAGGCCUCGGCGGGCGCGGUGGCCUUCAUCCUGAUAUCCCUGACCACGAUGUGGGAUGCGGAGCGACAGUCCUACUUGUUCUUCGCCACGAUUGUGGCCCAUGACCAUGACGAGCAUGCCUACUCUGAGUUCCGUGAGGACCUUCCAAAUCACCCUUUCUUCCAAUUCAUGAGGGGCCAGUCCAUCUCCUCGUUGGCCUGUGGACUUAUCUACAUGCUCCAUGCGGCCAUACUGAUCGACGUCAAGUUGACCUCGAGGUUCAACGACCACGGCAGGCACGCUCCCAUCCCACUUUUUGUCUUGGGACGUGCUUUUCAUCAGAAGCUUAAUAGCUACCAAUGGUUCCGGGAGUUCUGCGAGAGCAACACUAUAGAUAUUUGAAGUUCCACGAAUGCAGAUCAAGUGGGCAGUA